UUUUUACCAGGGGUAAUGAUAAUUUCAAUGUUUCAAAAUUUAAUCGGAUGCCGCUGUAAACAAGUCUAAUUCGCCGUACUCCUGACAACUCAGCCUUUGAAAAGUGUAAACAGGUGACAUUGCUGGAUGUCAUCUCAGAAAGGCAAACGGGAGCGUAAACAAUAUUCGAGUCGUUUGUCCACCGUCGUUGUUUUAUAUUAACAAAUCUCACAAUGUCCAAAGAUGAACCGAAACAUGUUGACAAAGAACUGGACUUAUCGAACGCUGGGCGAGGGGUUUGGUUAGUGAAAGUGCCCAAAUAUAUGGCAAAUAAAUGGGAGAAAGCACAAGGGAACAUGGAGGUUGGGAAGUUGCGAAUUUGUAAAUCGCACGGCCAAAAGGCGCAAGUUUCAUUGACUCUUUCUGAUGCUAUUGUGAAUCUCGAUCCAAGUGAGAAGAUACCCAAGGAGCACCGACUAGAUGUGUCCGUAGUUACCAAGCAGACUCUUGGGGUCUUCUCACAUGUGGUUCCAGGCAAAACAGACGAAGUAGUUCCCGAAAACGAAAAAUUAUUCAUGGAAGGACGAAUCGUUCAGAAGCUGGAAUGCCGCCCUAUAGCGGACAAUUGCUAUAUGAAGCUUAAAUUAGAAUCAAUAAAGAAGGCGUCAGUGCCGCAGAAGAGAGUUCAAGCUAUUGACAAAAUCGUGCAAAACUUCAAACCUGUCAAGGAUCACAAACACAACAUUGAAUACAAAGAACGCAAGAAGGCAGAAGGCAAAAAGGCUCGUGACGACAAGAACGCUGUUCUUGAUAUGCUCUUCAAUGCAUUCGAAAAACAUCAAUAUUACAACAUUAAGGAUCUGGUGAAAAUCACAAAGCAACCAAUUGGGUACCUCAAGGAAAUUUUGAAGGAAGUGUGUGAUUAUAACAUGAAAAAUCCGCACAAAAAUAUGUGGGAAUUGAAGAAGGAGUACCGGCACUAUAAAACAGACGACAAGAAGGACGAAAACGCAGCAGAAGGGUCGGAUAGUGAUAGUGACUAGAAUAUAUAUAACGAGCACAAGCAUCCGAUUGUGCGCUCUGUUUUACUGUGUAUACUUUUUAUUGUUAAACGGAAUCUUCUAUAAAGACUAGAUACAAAUAGAAAGUAUUCGUUAAGAGGUAA